ACAGAGAAUAUAUAGGGACCCUCUCCCACCUUCUCCAUCAGACGACCACCCGGUGCAACAGCCAAGGCGCCGUGUCAAUAAAAUCCCACAUUGGGACGGGAGAAAUCACAAGAGACGAGAGAGAGAGAGAGAGAGAGAGAGAGAGAGAGAGAGAGAGAGAGAGAGAGAGAGAGAGAGAGAGAGAGAGAGAGAGGGCAAGAACGGCAGAGAGAAGGGGAGUGAGAGACUGGGGUGAAGCAAGGCAUUUGGAAAGUGUUGUGUGUGCUGCAGGACGGCAUAGCGGAGGGGGCUACCCCGGCUGGAAACUAACAGGAUAACAGGGGAGUGAAGGCCAAGGACAGGACAGCAGCAGAGGAGCGGAAAAAGGAAAGACUAAGGAUAUUUUUGCUCUCUGGUUGGAUUGCGGCAUUGUCUUGGAUUUCUCCCAUCGCUCCUCCGGGGCCGACAGCACAAGAGGGGGCAGAGCCGUGUCCGCUGCAGGGAUGAAGUACGGCUACCAUGUACCGGUGUCAUCGUACACGCGCAGCUCUCAGUACACGCCAAAACACUACACCCCAACCCAUUACACUCCGACACACUACACACCAACUCACUACACACCCACAUACACCUCCAUCACAAAAUACAACCCAACGCACUACACCACAUCACACCACACGUCCUCACAUUACACACCCUCAUACAAGACCACAUCCACAUACAUCCCCUCGUAUAGCAAAGGAUCGCGGUACACUUCAACACGUCACGCGCGAGCACAGGAGACCCCCGCGCCUGUCAUACCUGUCGCACCCGCAAAGCGGACCGUGCACUUCCCCAACGACAUCGUCUUCCAGGAUAUCGUCAGACACGGAGAUCUGGAGCAAAUUGGACGGUUCCUGAGAGCAAGGAAAGUUCGCGUGGAUACCCUCUUCCCUUCAGGUAUGGCAGCGCUUCACGAGGCUGUCCUGACCGGGAACCUGGAGGUGGUUAAGCUGCUGGUGAAGUACGGAGCUGAUGUUCAUCAGAGAGAUGAAGAUGCCUGGACUCCACUUCACAUGGCCUGCAGUGAUGGCUUCCCAGAGAUUGCCAGUUACCUGCUGUCUAUGGGAGCGAGCACUGAGGCGGAGAACGAGAGCGGAGAGAAGCCAGCUGACCUCAUUGACCCAGACUGCAAAGAGCUAGCUAAACUGUUUGAGACAGGCUGCGUCUGACUGGGCCAAAAUUGGACCUGGGGGAGCUCAGUUUAAAUGGAUAGAAUAACUUUGGACGGACUGACGAUUAGGGGGCGAAAAUGUUAUGCAAUGAGAGCAGGAUACAGUGCCAUGCAAACCUGUACCCGGGCCGAAAAGGACAACCGGGUGUAGGACCAUGCUACUGCCCGUGCAGAAGAAGAUGAUUGUUUGAUUGUUUUGCUUUUUAUUUUCACAGUUUUGACAGUAUUUUUAAAGUAUGAACUUUAAACUUUGUAAAGCUGUUUUUUUUUUUUGCCUUUUUGGAGGGUUUGUUUGAAUAUUUUUCUCCAUUUGGUGCUUCAGUUUUGUUGUGCUAUUAUUGUAUUGCCAGUGUCUUCACAUGCUUAUAGUCAGCACAGCAUCUUUCUAUUUUCACCCUCAGCUCAUGCCGUACAAGGUUAAUUGCCACCAUAUUACUGCAAUAUUUACAAUUUUUUUUAAUGGUGCAGGUCUUAACAUAGAUUAUCCUUCGCAAGAAUUAAAUGAGAUUAAAUUCCUUCCUUAUGGUUUAAGCCUUUUAAUAUUUGGGCCAUCCAUCCACAUGAGGCAACCGCUCCUUUUCAGUGUGCUGGUUGCACUUUGAAACGCUUUGAUGGACUGGCGGCCUGUCCAGGGUGUCUCUCCACCUGCCGCCCAAUGACUGCUGGGAUAGGCUCCAGCAUCCCGAUACCCUAAUUAGGAUAAGCGGCUUGGAUAAUGGAUGGAUGGAUGGAUGGAUGGAUGGUUGCACUUUGAAACCCUGCUUCCUUUUUACUGUAAAAACUGGAUUUGAAAUAAUGAAUUGGCCUGAACUGUUUUUGUCUUACACUUGGAGUCGUGCGUCCUUACUGCUGGGCAGAGAGAGGGACAUCAAAACUAAUUGUUUAAUUGCUAGACCAGAAAUCCAUUAAAAACAAUGAGUCAUGCACUUGUAAAGCCAUGCUGCCAACUUAAGUAUUGCUGUUGUUGUUUUAUGUGUAUUGGAAAUAGUGUGCUGAAAUAAUAUGAGUAUCAGCAGAGAAAGUCUUAUAAAUUCUUCCUCAAUUGUUAUUUUUGUACAUGUUUCAUAAAUAAAGCCACGUUUUAUAGAUACGGA